AUGCCAUCUCUUCGCAGCACUCUUCUUUGCCUGAUGGCUGCUUCCGCAACCGUUUACGCCGAGCGCUUGAGGGUCGUCUGGUCGACCGGUUCCUUUUCAACGAUCUCUGGUCCCGCCGGCGGCAAUACAAAUGGCCGCUUCGAAGGCUUUGCAAUCCUGAAUGAGGCCGGUGAGGCUAUCUACGACCAGGCAUAUCCUGACGAUCAUUCCCCCUGUUACAACACCGGCGACGGCCGCGAGUUCACCAUUGAGGGUGACUGCUGGGCAACCCCACGCAAGUUUAAAUGCAAAUCAAACUUUGGAGGUCACCCUGAGACCUGUGAGGUCAAGGACGGCGAUGGCAAUACCCUCGGUGCCGGCGAGGGACAUACCGAUACACAAUUCAUUGGUAUCGCUAUUGGUCAGGACGCGAGCUGUGCCGUCGAAUUCGACUCUGACAGCGACGGGUGCCCUGUCGAUGACGGAAACGGCCCUCUUCAUGUGACCUCGGGCUGA